AAUUUUAUGGAACCAUUGGAAACCUGAUUUGUAUGUUGUCAGCUCUUUCAUCUCACAACAGAGGCAAUUCUACUUCUGCGCUUUGGAAAUGCUAGAUGUUUCGUUGAAAUAUAAGCAUUGAUUCAGGAUGCGGACGAGUGGUUGAGCACUUAGGAUUUGUGCAAUUUGUUUAGAAAGAUUUCAGGCGCACUCACGUUGGGUCCCUCAAACGCGUUAUGUGUGAAACACAUUCUGAUCAGGCGCUUUACUUCUAUUGUUGUUGGAGGUUGAGUAAUUCAAUGUUGAUUCUCUUCGUUGAGUCGAGCAGUUAAGCUGUGUUCCAAAGUCUGGGGACGGACCCACUGUCUCCCCCCUGCUGAUUAAAGUUACUGUUCCUGCACCCAGCUUGUGUGUUGCGUCAGGCUUCUGUGGUCUUCUCAAGGAUGAACUGCUUCAGCUGUCACUGUGUACCCACAAGUGCAUAUGUUAAAAAAACAAAUAAAAACAAGCACAAAUUAGAAUGCAGUAUUAUUUCAUGGGAGGCACGGUACUUGUUUGGCUCCGUGCAAGUUACUACUCCCUCUGUUGGACAUGGUUGGCCCGCGUGUCUUCUACAUUUGACGAACGCAUGAUGCCUUGUGUGGAACUUCGAUGUGUAGUUUACACGACAAGAAAUUGCAAACGAGCUCGCCAAGUCAGGCGUUGUGCUCAUCCUGGCCAUAUUGGCCGCUGUCACUCUAAACGGUCUCUUCCAGAAAGGUAUUUAAACGCGUACACGAACUUCAGCAGCUUCAUCAGAUGCUAUAGGGACCUUCACAAGCUCUCAAAAGGCAUCUGUCGAGAAGGCAGCUCAAGAGUAGUCUGAGAGUCGAGGAUUGUUUCCUUGACCCAUACAUACCAGAAAUAAUUUGGCUAUCUGCGAAUUCAGAAGAGAAGUCAGUAAUGGCGCAAUUCAAAGGAAAGGAGUGCGCCCAGGAGGAGCAAACCAUGCACCGUGAAGCUUGUAGAGCCGCGUCACUUUCCAAUAAGGUUCGUGAAUGUGAAUCUUCUGCAUGGAUGUCUGGACCAGCGGCGCAUGGUAUGGAAGAGCCCUGCUUUGUAGCUCCACAUCCAGAUGUACUGAACGCGCUUACGGCAAAGUUCAACGAGGUGAAGGAACGAGUAGGAGAGGAGCUCCCCAUCUUGCGCAACUUGUUGCGCAUUGUUGAACCGCGCAGACCUGGACUCAACGACGGCUUGAUCCACGCACCCGGCGUCCCCCCUGCCAUAAACACCAACGGAACGUCGUCGCAUCCGGUGACCACUUGUCCCCCCUUGCGAGCCAAGCUUACGGGUCCGAUUAACGUGGCUGUGAUCCUGAUCGACUUCUCUGACAAACAGUUCUCCUCGGAUCAAACUGCCGCUCAUUUUAAUAGUCUCUGGUUUGGUUCUGGGGUCAACAGCGUGAAUGACUUCUACACAGAGGUGUCCAACAAAGUGGUCUCGAUUUCGGGUGAAGUGGUUGGCCCCUAUCGAAUGCCACACACCCUCAAGUACUACGCCAACAGCUACUACGGGCUGGGAAGUUCAACUCCAAACGCAAGGCUCAUGGCAACAGAUGCAGCAAACCUUGCGAAAUCUCACAUCGAUUUCUCCAAAUACGACAACGACAAGGAUGGCACAGUGGAAACAUUGGUGAUCAUCCAUGCUGGCCAGGGAGCAGAGAGGUCGGCGAGUGUCGACGAUAUUUGGUCGCACAAGUGGGUUCUAUCGACAGCGGUCCAAGACGAGGGGGUCACACUCUACCCUUACCUUACGGUGCCAGGGGAUUGUAAACUAGGCGUUUGUGCUCAUGAGUUAGGCCAUCUCGCAUUCAGCUGGCCUGAUUUGUAUGACACGGAUUAUAGUUCGGCAGGGAUAGGAAACUGGUGCCUCAUGGCAGCGGGGUCUUAUAACGGGAAUGAGAGCAACCCGUCGCCGCCUUCUGCCUGGUGCAAAUAUAACCAAGGGUGGGUUACCGCGUCAACAUACGGAAAGGGUACACACAACAUUUCACUCUCGGAUGUCAAAAUGGGGCACUCAAUCAUGAAGCUUACAGAAACAGGAGCCCCAUCCACGGAAUACUGGCUACUGGAGAAUCGUCACAAAGUGGGGCGUGAUGCAGACCUUCCCGGCGACGGUCUUUUGAUUUGGCACAUAGACGACGCGCUUUCAAGCAACCAGAACGAGUCGGUGCACUACAAGGUCGCCCUGGUGCAAGCUGAUGGUCGGAAAGACCUCGAGCGCAACGAGGAUAGGGGUGACAACGGAGAUCAGUACCCUGGUGUGGCCAGAAAUCGUACCUUAGAUUCCACCUCCAACCCUUCAUCGAAAGCUUACAGCAGAAGCGCGACCUCCACUUUUAGUAUCACUGACAUCAGCGACCCCGCCGCUAGAAUGACUUUCAAGCUCACUGUGUAGACCUGAGAAACAUGUCUCACGUCUUCAGGAAUAGAUCCAGAAGCUGUAAUUUGUACACCUAAAAGUUUAGAAACUACAUCAAAAAUUUAUCUGUGAGGAACUCUCGAACAAGACAAUGAUCCACAAUCGGAUCAAAGUCUGGAGACUUGUAGAUUUUGAUGUGGUCUAUUACGAGAACUUUUUAUUGAAUUUCGACACCUUACGUCUCGUAAA